UAUUCUGUCCCUGGACUGUCUCCUUAGUCAAGCCUUAAAUCUUUAAUUCAGCUGUGUAAGUCAUUUCCCAUAAAUUCACUAGAGUAAAACAAUACUAGCGGAUGUUUACGCAUAAGAGGAGAGCGGUGGAAACUUAAGCAGACAGGGUGCGGCUCCAACAAUGCAGUAAUGCACCGACGGUGUGUGGGAGGUCAAAGGCAGGCAGGUAAAAACACUCAGAGGCUUCCUCAUUGUGGAGCAGGAAGGCAUUCAUCACUGUGUGUGAGCUGUGAGUCUUCCACUUGUGGACCAUGUUCUCCUCUGCGACCCCCUACAAGAACCAGCACUACGCUGAGCUAAAGAAGGACUGUAUCAAGAGUAAGAAACUGUUUGAUGAUCCAGAGUUCCCGUCCGUAGAUGCAUCACUGUAUUUUCAGAAACCACCACCUGGUAGGGUGCAAUGGAAACGUCCAGGGGAGAUCAGCAAUGAUCCUCACCUGUUUGUGGAGGGUGUCAGCGCCCAUGACUUGAACCAGGGCUCAGUGGGGAACUGCUGGUUUGUGGCCGCCUGCUCGUGUCUGGCACUGAAGCCAAACCUCUGGAAGAAGGUAAUUCCAGACUGGAAGGAGCAGGAGUGGGACUCUAAACACCCGGAGAACUAUGCCGGAAUCUUUCACUUUCAGUUUUGGGUGUUUGGAGAGUGGGUGGAUGUGGUGGUGGAUGACCGGCUUCCUACAAUCAACGGAGAGCUCAUCUACUGUCACUCCAAAGACAACAAUGAAUACUGGAGCGCUCUGCUUGAGAAAGCAUACGCAAAGCUCUCUGGCUGCUAUGAGUCUCUGGAGGGGGGCAACACUGGAGACGCUGUGGUGGACUUCAGUGGAGCUGUGGCCGAGGCCAUCAACCUGGAAGCAGAGGCUUACUAUAAGGACCAGGAGAAUCUAGACCAUCUCUUUGCAGAUCUCCUCAAAGUUUACGACCGUGGCGGAAUCAUAAGUUGCUCCAUUAAGGCACAACCUCACGAACUUGAGCUCAAGCUGGCCAACGGGCUGGUGAAAGGUCACGCCUACUCGGUGACCGCGGUGAACAGGGUGCGUCUCGGUCACGGGCUGGUGGCCUACUUCAAGAACGAAACCAUCCCCAUGAUCCGCAUGAGGAAUCCCUGGGGCAAGACUGAGUGGAAUGGAGCCUGGAGUGACAGCUCUGAGGAAUGGUCAAAGGUUGGUGACACAGAAAGGGGCAACCUCGGCAUCACAGUGGAGGACAACGGAGAGUUCUGGAUGUCUUUCACAGACUGGUGCAAGCACUUUACAGAUGCCGACGUGUGCCGUCUCAUCAAUACGUCGCUGAUCAGCAUCCACAAGACCUGGCAUGAGGUCGUCCACUUUGGGAGCUGGACCAAGCAAGCGGAGCCUCUUUUAAACCGCUGCGGUGGCUGUGCUAACCACAAGUCCACCUUCCUGCAGAACCCACAGUACAUGUUUGAUGUCACAAAGGAAGCCGACGAAGUCCUCAUCUCCUUACAACAAAGAGAUAUGAAAAUCCACAGGAAAUUUGGUCAAGGGGAAAAUCUAACAAUCGGCUUUGGCAUCUUCAAGGUGGAACUGAACAGAAAAUACAGGCUGCAUGACAUCCUGACCCAGAAUUGCGUGGCGACGUCGACCUACAUCAACGCCCGCACGGUCUUCAUGAGGUACAUGCUGCAGCAGGGCCGCUACGUCAUCCUCCCAACCACCUUCACGCCUCACAUUCUGGGCGACUACAUGCUCCGACUCUUCACAGACGUGGACUCAGGCUGCAGGGAGCUGAGCGAGGAUAAGCCGAGGGUGAGAUGCUGGAGUUCCUUUCUGGGAUACCCACAAGUGGUGACCCACAUCUACGUGCUUGCUGCUGAGGGACUGCAGAACCAGGACAGUACAGGGGGCGCAGACCCAUAUGUGAUCAUAAACUGUGAGGGAAACUCAGUAAAAUCUACAAUACAGAAGGACACUUUGACACCAGAGUUUAGAACUAGUGGUAUUUUCUACAGGAAGAAGCCCAGGAAGCCUUUAACUGUACAGAUCUGGAACAGUAAUGCGAUGCAGGACCAGUUCAUGGGCCAAGUGGUGCUUUCCGGUUCUGUGAAAGACACCAUCGAUCCUCAGAGGCUUCAGCUGAGGAAGCAAGGCCGCAACAUGGCCGACGAGAUGCCCGGCAGCGUUAAUUUGAGAAUAAUCACGUCCACUCAACUCACCGCCAUUUGAGGCUCGAACCCCGACUGCAGGAGUUCAAGCGGAACUGUGAAACUAUGAUGACGACUUGCCAGUAAGGUCUUCGCGUGAUAUGAUUAUGAAUAUGAUUUGCAUAUUUGUAAAGCAAGACCAUGCAGGACAGUGUGAUUGUCAAUUUUUUUAACCAUUUUUAAAAAAUCUUUUUAUGAAUAACUUAUACAUUCUAUAAUGACCGUUUACACUUAAGAUCCUCUGUAAGGCUCAUAAUGAUUUGUUCAUUUUAUUAGUCAUUGUCAUAUACACUUAACUACUUGUUUAAAUGUUUUUUUUUAAUUAUUAUUAUUCAUUUGACAAGUUUUGAACAUUGUACUGCACUGCAUCAUACUGAGAGGUGUUUCUAAUACCUUAUAAGGGGGAAAAUAUUAGAAACAGCUCCAAAUAUGAUGCAUAAAUACAGGCUUAAUAUGUGACAGUGCCUAUCACAACUGAGUAUUAUCUUUGUUCAUAAAGCUCUUGUAUUGGAUCUCAAUGGUGUUGUGAAGGCGUACCUAAUGAACUGUCCGCUGAGUGUAUAUCCUGCAAACAAAAUAUAAAAAACAGAAUUAAUACAUCACCUAGUUCCAUAAUGCAGCUUCCAUUCCUCACUUUUCCCAGUUUAAAUAUGCAUGCCCUGCAGUUAGGGUUGCAAAAUUCCACACGUUUUCAAAGUUGGAAACUUUCCAUGAUGAAUUGAUCGAAUAAACCAGCAAUUUCCAAAUUUGAAGUUGGCUCUCAAUAGGGAAAUAUAGUUGGGGAAGAUAUAUUUUAGAAUACUCUUGAAUAAAACAACCAGAUUUCAUGCAGGUAGUGUGGAGUCCCCUAACUUGCAAGUUUUUAGAGUAACCUUUUGGUCAGUUUUUGCUUUGUGUUACAAGCCAAAAUGUGCAUGUGUGCAAGAAGAGCUAUGACAAAACAAAAUGUUUAUAUUUUGCGUGAACAUGCUAGCUUUCCAUUAAACUCCUGGGGUUAAA